AUGAAAGGCAAAGCUGUGAUUUUAAGUGCUCUCGUAAUAGCACAAAUUCAAGUAGAAGCAGCCUGCUGCCGGUCCCUGUGGGAAAGAAAUAGAUAUUCUGCUUGCCGUUUUGCUUAUCUUUCUAUUGCAUAUUGUGCAGAAUUUUCUGGAUGCAAAAUCGUUGACGGGAAAUGUCCUCCAGGAUAUGAUUAUGAGAUUCUCGAAAACUCUGGUGAUACUGCUCAUGAAUACUGCAAGUUGGGAUGUGCAUCCUCUGUUUGUGGUGCCUUAUUCAAUCUCCAAAAAUCUGACGCAAGUGAAAUUGUGAAAGGAGUGGCUGAAGAAUGCACCAAAGCAUGCUCUACUCUAUGCACCAAGGGCUUUGUUAAGACUGCUGUUGAAACCUCUAAACAAGCAUGAUCCACAAAGAUACCACCUCCAAGU